AUGACGGGUCCUCACACAUGGCAAACAGUGCCAUCCCUAGGAUUGAAUAUGCGCUUUCAUAUAUCCCAAGAUCGAUAUCAGCUCUUCAUGACUGUUGCCAAGUAUGACGAGAACCAUCUCAAGCACCCGAGCGAUAAGGAGCAUAACAUGCAACCCAUCAUAACUGUCUCUUCAGGGUUGCAGCCCACCUCAAUGACAUUCGAGCACAUGAUAGCUGUUGAUGAGCAGCCCAAGAAUGUGUUGGUGAGGUUUUGA